AUGCAGAAAUUGAAAAUUUUUUUAUUAAAUUUGAAUGUCUUGGAAAACGCCUUAUUUUUGAUUGCAGACGGUUUCAAUGAGGCUGUUAUUAAUCUAGAGCGAUCUACGUCCAACCCCACUUACCGUUGGUCUCACAAAGUCGAUCAUAAAGACCUGAAACGUGGUGAUCAUAUCUAUGCUUGGCGAAUUGGCUUUACUUAUCAACAUCAUGGGAUUGUAAUUGAAAAGAGCGAUAUUCCCGACAAAAAAUAUUGGACUAAUCCAAUCCCAGUUAUUGAAGAUAUAAUGGUCAUUGAGAACACUCGUAGUAAACCUAAUAUGCGGAUAGUGACUCUGUCUCAGUUUGCUAAUAAUUAUUGUAUACGGCUAGUUUACUACGGUAUGAAUCGAAAACGUGAUGUCUUCUUAUGUGACCUAAAAUUACGCGGUAAAUGCUACUUAGAAGAUGCAUUACUACCCGAUGCAGUCGUAAAAAAUGCUUGCUUUUUGUACCAUUCAUCAGGUCCACAAAAUGGCAGAGUAUCUGCAUCGCAUGAAUUCAAAAUGGGUGGGUAUAACUUACUCAUGUGCAAUUGUGAGCAUGUCGCGUUCGCGUGUUCAACCGAUGCGGAAUUGAUCAAACGAUGCACAGAAGAAAAAUUACAACCAGCGAUUGGUAUUAUUGCUGCAAGUCUGUGUUGUUUCGAUAUAGUAACUAGCAUUAUUCGAUAUGUAAUUUAUAAAGUGACAAAAGGUGCUAAACGACUCGCUUACUUAGCCCUUGGCGUUGCUAUCAAAGGAGUGGAAUGCAUUGAAAAAAUCUGCGAAUCUAUUUUGUCGAAUGGAUUGGCAACAGUCUUCUCAUUGUUGGGAGGAACUUUAGGCAUGUCAAUUCCAAUUCCUUUUCUCAAUCUUAUUGUGAGCGCACUACUCAGUACAGUGGGGCUCGUGAUAGGACGAUAUGUGGCUGGUAUACCAAUCAAUAUUUAUCGUCGUUAUAGAUGUAUACAGAAGAAGACCAGAAAAAACAAUACACCGCCAGCAAUUGAGCAGUGA